AUGCCGACCCCCCGCCUGCCCACCACCAGCUGCCCCUCCUCCAGCGGCGCCUCUGCAGUCCAGGGCCCAGGCUCGACCCGCGCCCUGCCCUCUGCCGGCUCACAGGGGCUGCGGCCCCCUCCCCACACCGCCCCCGACCCCCGCGGGCAGCAGCAGUCCUGCCAGGGCGGGCAGAGGGCGGCGGGGUCUCCCGGGGCCAAGCGCACUCUCCCCGGGUCUGCGCGGCACGUGGGCCAGCGCGCCGGCGCCUGCUCGCCACCGGUCUCUGCAGUGCGGACUCGGGGCGGGGGCGUAGUGGCGGCAGAGCGCAGACCCUGCGCGUCGCCCCGGAGACCGCCAGUCCAUUGGUGCGGGCGGGUCACGCGGCCAGGCUGUCGCCGCCGCCGCGGGCGCCCGGGGACCGCGGGUGACGUCACCCGCUCCUUCCCCCGCCCCCGAGGGGGCACUGGCACAGGGAAUUCUACAGGAGAGAAUCUCUUUACAUGUGACACACACGUAGGGAACCUGGUGUCAAAUUUAGACCUGAUUACUCAGCAGCGCUUCUGUGAGGAAAAGAAAUCUUGGCAAUGUAGUGAAUGUGGGAAGUCCUUCUGUGACCAUUCCAUCUUCAUUGGGCAUCAGGGAAUUCACACUGGAGAAAAACUCUUUAUAUGUAAAGACUGUGGGAAAGCCUUCAGCCAGAGCUCAUCCCUUCCAAAGCAUCAGAGAUCUCACACAGGAGAGAAACCCUUUAAAUGUAGUGAGUGUAAGAAAGCUUACCAGAGCUCAUCACUCAUUGACCACCAGAGAAUCCACACAGGGGAGAAGCUCUAUCAAUGCAGUGAGUGCGGGAAGGCCUUCAACAAGAGCAUGAACCUGACCCAGCAUGCAUGCAUCCAUGCUGGGGAAAAACCCUAUGAGUGCCAUGAGUGUGGAAAGGCCUUCAGCCACAGCACACACCUGACCCACCAUUGCAGGAUCCACACUAGAAAGAGACCUUAUGAGUGCCAUGAGUGUGGGAAGGCCUUUAAAGAUGCCUCCUCCCUCACUUGUCACAUAUUGAUUCACACAGGAGAGAAGCCCUAUAAAUGUCCUGACUGUGGGAAAGGCUUCAACGGCCUUUCAGGGCUUGUUCAGCAUAAGAAAAUUCAUGCCGGAGAGAAACCUUAUGCAUGCCAAGAGUGUGUGAAAGCCUUCAGCCAGAGCUCAUCUCUGAUAAAACACCUGAGAUUUCAUACAGGAGAGAAACCCUUUAAAUGUAGCAAGUGUGAGAAAGCCUUCAGCCAGAGCUCAUCUCUCAUUUACCAUCAGGCAGCUCGUACUGGAGAGAAGCCCUUCCGAUGUGGAAAAGCCUUCAGCCGUGGCAUACACCUGACUGAACACCUUCAAAUUCACACUGGAGAGAAGCUGUAUGAGUGCAAUGAAUGUGGGAAAGCAUUUACUCGGAGCUCAUUUCUUAUUGACCACCAGCGGAUCCACACUGGAGAGAAACCCUAUGAAUGCAACAUCUGUGGGAAGGCCUUCAUCAAGAGGUCCUCCCUCACCAAGCACCUGAGGACUCACUGUGGAGAGAAGCCGUAUAGCUGUCCAUAUCGCUGA